CGAUUUGGUACACAUCACCACCCGCAUGCGCAGAUACGGGGCGCGGCCUCCGGACUACAGUUCCCAGAGGAACUUGCCGCAGGCCGCGGGCGUUUAGCAGCUAACGCCAUCUUGAAAUCUGAUCUUCAGUCUCCCAGCCUUUGCGUCAAUCUCCGGCGGCACCUUCUGCACCGCUAAAAGAGAGGACGCCGAAGACGCCGCGUCUGGUGGGAGAGACAGUGCAGACUAGACAGGUUCCGAGCGCGGCCUGCGCUGCUGUCACUCAGCAUCUCCCUGAGGCGUUUCUUCGCUGGCGCCCUUACUGAGGGGCGGGGCUGACCGCUCCGGUACCCAGAGCUCGUGCGCGGGUGGCAGAGGUGACUUCUUGCACUGUGGGGAGUCCACGGGGCUGUGCCAUGCUGGCCCGGAGCCCACCGACCGCGACCCCACGCCAGUGAAUGAUCGCCCAGCAGCAGCCGCCUCAGGGAAGCUGAGAGGGAAGAUGAAGGAGAUUUGCAGGAUCUGUGCCCGGGAGCUGUGCGGAAACCAGCGGCGCUGGAUCUUCCACACGGCAUCCAAGCUCAACCUCCAGGUUCUGCUCUCGCACGUCCUAGGCAAGGAUGUCUCCCGCGAUGGCAGAGCCGAAUUUGCUUGCAGCAAGUGCGCUUUCAUGCUUGAUCGGAUCUAUAGAUUCGACACCGUUAUCGCCCGGAUAGAAGCUCUUUCUAUUGAGCGCUUGCAAAGGCUGCUGCUGGAGAAGGACCGCCUCAAGUUCUGCAUUGCCAGCAUGUAUCGAAAGAAUAACGAUGACUCUGGCGCGGAGGCCAAGGCGGGGAAUGGGACGGUUGACAUUUCCAGCUUACCCGAUGUAAGAUACUCUGCGCUGCUCCAAGAAGAUUUUGCCUAUUCGGGGUUUGAAUGUUGGGUAGAAAAUGAGGACCAGAUUCAGGAGCUGCAUAGCUGCCAUGCUUCGGAAGGCCCUGGAAACCGACCCAGGAGAUGCCGUGGUUGUGCAGCGUUGCGGGUUGCUGAUUCUGACUAUGAAGCCAUUUGUAAAGUGCCUCGAAAGGUGGCCAGAAGUGUCUCAUAUGGCCCUUCUUCCAGGUGGUCCACGAGCAUUUGCACUGAAGAACCAGCACUGUGUGAUGUUGGGCCGCCGGACUUAGCAAGCACGAAGGUACCCCCAGAUGGAGAAAGCAUGGAGGAGGGGACUCCCGGAUCCUCUGUGGAAUCUUUGGAUGCAAGUGUCCAGGCUAGCCCUCCGCAACAAAAGGAUGAGGAAACCGAGAAAAGUGCAAAGGAACUUGUAAAGUGUGACUGCUGUUCCGAUGAACAGGCUCCACAGCAUAUGUGUAAUCACAAGCUGGAGCUAGCUCUUAGCAUGAUUAGAGGUCUUGACUAUAAACCCAUCCAGAGUCCCCGAGGGAGCAAGCUUCCUAUUCCAGUGAAAUCCAGCCCACCUGGAGCCAGGCCUGGCCAUACCAUGACAGAUGGAGUUAGUUCCGGUUUCCUUAACAGGUCUUUGAAACCCACUAACAAGACACCUGUCAGUUACUCCUUGGAGAUUUCAGACCUGCAGGAGCUCUGGGAUGAUCUCUGUGAAGAGUAUUUGCCACUCCGGGUCCAGCCCAUGACUGAAGAGUUAUUCAAACAACAAAAGCUGAAUUCAGAUGAGACCAUCAUAACUCAACAGUCUGUAUCUGAUUCCCACAUGGCAGAACUCCAGGAGAAAAUCCAGCAAACAGAGGCCACCAACAAGAUUCUCCAAGAGAAACUGAAUGAAAUGAGCUGUGAACUGAAGUCUGCUCAGGAGUCAUCUCAGAAGCACGAAACUACAAUUCAAAGCCUCAAGGAAACUCUGAAAAGCAGGGAAAGCGAGACCGAGGAGCUGUACCAGGUGAUCGAAGGUCAAAAUGACACAAUGGCAAAGCUUCGAGAAAUGCUGCACCAGAGCCAGCUCGGACAGCUUCAUGCCUCUGAGGGUACUUCUCCAGCUCAGCAGCAGGUGGCCCUGCUUGACCUUCAGAGUGCUUUGUUCCUCAGCCAGCUUGAAAUUCAGAAGCUGCAAAGAGUCAUUCGACAAAGGGAACGCCAGCUGGCUGAUGCCAAACGAUGUGUGCAGUUUGUCGAGGCUGCAGCCCAGGACACGGAGCAGCAGAAAGAGGCUUCCUGGAAACACAACCAGGAAUUACGAAAAGCAUUGCAGCAGCUACAAGGAGAAUUGCAGAGUAAGAGCCAACAGCUCCGUACCCUAGAGGCUGAAAAGUACAAUGAGGUUCGAACCCAGGAGCAACACAUUCAGCAUCUAAACCAUAGUCUGAGUCACAAAGAGCAGCUGCUUCAGGAAUUUCGGGAGCUCCUGCAGUAUCGAGAUCACUCGGACAAAACCCUUGAAGCAAAUGAAAUGUUACUUGAGAAACUGCGGCAGCGAAUUCAAGAUAGAGAUGCUGCUCUUGAGCGGGCUAUAGAUGAAAAGUUCUCCACUCUAGAAGAAAAAGAAAAGGAGCUGCGGCAGCUUCAUCUUGCCGUGAGAGAGCGAGAUCACGACUUAGAGAGAUUGCGCGGGAUCCUCUCCUCUAAUGAAGCUACCAUGCAGAGUAUGGAGAGUCUUCUGAGGGCCAAAGGCCUGGAAGUGGAACACUUAUCUGCUACCUGCCAGAACCUCCAGUGGCUGAAAGGAGAAAUGGAAACCAAAUUUAGCCAUUGGCAGAAGGAACAAGAAAGUAUCAUUCAGCAGUUACAGACAUCUCUGCAUGACAGAAACAAAGAAGUGGAGGAUGUUAGUGCAACAUUGCUCUGCAAACUCGGACCAGGGCAGAGUGGGAUAGCCGAGGAGCUGUGCCAGCGUCUGCAGCGAAAGGAAAGGAUGCUGCAGGACCUUCUCAGUGAUCGAAACAAACAGGCGGUGGAACAUGAAACGGAGAUUCAGGGCCUGCUUCAGUCCAUGAGCACCAGGGAGCAGCAGAGCCGGGCUGCUGCAGAGAAGAUGGUGCAAGCCCUGGUGGAAAAAAAUUCAGAAUUACAGGCCCUGCGCCAGUAUUUAGGAGGGAACGACCUCACGGUGAGCCAGGCGCUCCUCUCUAACCAACCAGCUGCAGUUACUGCCAUCGGCCCCCAGCUUGGAGAGCAGACUGAUCACGCUUCAAAGAAUAUACCCUACAGAGAUGACAGCACUUCACUGACCACCAAAGGGGAUACCAGCCUACCCAGGUCCUCAUUAGGAGACUUGGACACAGUUGCAGGGCUGGAAAAAGAACUGAGUAAUGCCAGAGAGGAACUUGAACUCAUGGCUAAAAAAGAAAGAGAAAGUCGGAUGGAACUUUCUGCUCUACAGUCCAUGAUGGCUGUGCAAGAGGAAGAGCUGCAGGUGCAGGCGGCUGAUAUGGAGUCCCUGACCAGGAACAUACAGAUUAAAGAAGACCUCAUAAAGGACCUGCAGAUGCAACUGGUUGAUCCUGAAGACAUACCAGCUAUGGACCGCCUGACCCAAGAAGUCUUACUUCUUCGGGAAAAAGUUGCUUUGGUAGAAUCACAGGGUCAGGAAGCUUCAGGAAACCGAAGACAACAAUUGCUGCUGAUGCUAGAAGGACUGGUAGAUGAACGGAGUCGGCUGAAUGAGGCCCUACAAGCAGAGAGACAGCUCUACAGCAGUCUGGUGAAGUUCCAUGCCCAUCCGGACAGCUCUGAGAGAGACCGAACUCUGCAGGUGGAACUGGAAAGGGCCCAGGUGUUACGUGGUCGGCUCGAAGAAGUUCUCGGAAGAAGCCUGGAGCGCUUAAGCAGGCUGGAGACCCUGGCCGCCAAUGGAGGCGCAGCUGCAGGGGACGACACCGAAGAUGCGAGCACCGAGUUCACUGACAGUAUUGAGGAGGAGGCCGCACACAAUAGCCACCAGCAACUCAUCAGAGUGGCUCUGGAGAAAAGUCUGGCAGCUGUGGAGACCCAGAAGGUGUCUCUUCCCUCUCCGUUCCCGACAGGAGGGGAGAAUGACAGGGGUCUUCAGGAGGAGAUGCUCCACCUGAGAGCUGAGAUCCACCGGCACUUAGAGGAGAAGAGGAAAGCUGAGGGGGAACUGAAAGAGCUAAAGGCUCAAAUUGAGGAAGCAGGAUUCUCCUCGGUGGCCCACAUCAGGAACACUAUGCUGAGCCUUUGCCUUGAGAACGCAGAGCUGAAAGAGCAGAUGGGAGAAGCAAUGUCUGAUGGAUGGGAGAUCGAGGAGGACAAGGAGAAGGGCGAGGCAAUGGUGGAGACUGUGGUGGCCAAAGGGGGUCUGAAUGAGAAGAGCCUUCAGGCUGAGUUCAGAAAGCUCCAGGGAAAACUGAAGAAUGCCCACAACACCAUCAGCCUCCUCAAAGAACAGCUGGUGCUGAGCAGCAAGGAAGGCACCAGUAAACUGAGUCCCGAGCUCCUUGUGCACCUGGCCAGGGAGAGCGACGCAAGGAGCACAGAGCCGGUUUGCCCUCCUGGGAAGCCCCAAGGCCAAGAAGAGGAGGAUGGAAUCGUGAGGCCCCGCCCCAGACCCCAGAGCCUUGACCUCGGGGCUGCCCUCUCAGUGGAUGCUCCCCGACUGGAUAACCAGCCCCAAGCGCAUGGUCCCGGGCCACAGUCAGAAUUGAGCCUCCCAGGACCCACCAAGCACCUGCGUUCCCAGCUGGCACAAUGCAAACAACGCUAUCAAGAUCUCCAGGAGAAGCUGCUGAUAUCAGAAGCCACUGUGUUUGCCCAGGCCAAUCAGCUGGAGAAGUACAGAGUCAUGUUCACAGGUGAAUCCUCGGUGAAGCAGGUCAGCAGGAAGGUUCAGGUGGACCUCCAGGACCUGGGCUACGAGACCUGUGGCCGAAGUGAGAAUGAGGCUGAGCGGGACGAGAGUACCAGCCCCGAGUGUGAGGAGCACGACAGCCCCAGGGAGACAGUCCUCAUGGAGGGGCUGUGCUCUCAGCAGGAGCGCCUGGGCUCCACACUGGCCAGUCCCCCGGGGAAGAAGCCCUUGGAGAGCCAGCUGGGAAAGCAGGAGGAGUUCCAGGCAUAUGGAAAGUCAGAAGACAUCUCUGUCCUCCAUAAGGACAUCAGAGAUCUGAAGGCCCAGCUACAGACCGCCAACAAGAUCAUUCAAAACCUCAAGAGCCGGGUCCGAUCUCUCUCAGUAACAAGUGAUUAUUCGUCCAGUCUGGAGAGACCCUGCAAGCUGAAGGCCAUUGGCACCCUCGAGGGAUCUUCACCUCAUAGUGUCACUGAUGAGGAUGAGGGGUGGCUGUCUGAUGGCACUGGGGCUUUCUACGCCCCAGGGCUUCAGGCUAAAAAGGAUCUGGAGAGUCUGAUCCAGAGAGUGUCCCAGCUGGAGGCCCAGCUCCCGAAAACUGGACUAGAAGGGAAGCUGGCUGAGGAGCUGAGAUCAGCCUCGUGGCCUGGGAAAUAUGAUUCCCUGAUUCAGGAUCAGGCCCGAGAACUAUCCUACUUACGCCAGAAAAUACGAGAAGGGAGAGGUGUCUGUUACCUUCUUGCCCAGCAUGUAAAAGACACAGUAAAAUCUUUUGAGGAUCUCCUACGGAGCAACGACAUUGACUACUACCUGGGACAGAGCUUCCGGGAGCAGCUCGCCCAGGGGGGCCAGCUGACCGAGCGGCUCAGCGGCAAGCUCAGCACCAAAGAUCAUAAAAGUGAGAAAAAUCAAGCUGGACUUGAGCCUCUGGCCCUCAGGCUAAGCAGGGAGCUGCAGGAGAAGGAGAAAGUGAUUGAAGUUCUGCAGGCCAAGCUGGAUGCGCGCUCCCUCACGCCCUCCAGCAGCCGCGCCUUGUCCGACUCCCACCGCUCUCCCAGCAGCUCCUCGUUCCUGUCUGACGAGCUGGAAGCCUGCUCUGACAUGGACAUAGCCAUCGAGUACACACACUAUGAAGAGAAGAAAGCUUCAGCUGGUCACCCAGAUUCCAUCCAUCAUUCAAGUCAUUCUGCCGUACUGUCUUCUAAUCCAUCAUCAACCACCACCCCUCCGGGGGCUAAGGCCGAACCGAGCCGCAACCCUGUCAGCUUGCCUGCUCCCCAGAACCGCCCCCAGGAGGCCAGCCAGGUCCACCCAGGCCUUCAUUCUCCCUCCAUCCCCACGCUGGUUAGCCUCCCCCAGGCACCGUUGCCCUCAGCUCCACCCGGCUUCCUGCCUUUCUGCUCCACUGGCCCUCCCCUCCUUGGCUGCUGUGAGACACCCGCGGUCUCCUUGGCCGAGGCGCAGCAGGAGCUGCAGAUGCUGCAGAAGCAAUUGGGAGAAAGUGUCAGCACCGGUCACCCCGCCUCCCCAGCCACACUGCGGAGCAACCAUUCAGAAGCCAGCUCUUCCCACCACCUGAACGCUGCCCAGCCCCCCUCUCCUCCAAGGGGCACCCUAGAGCUGGGCCGAAUCCUGGAGCCUCAGUACCUGGGCAGCAGCGGCCAGUGGGAUAUGAUGAGGCCGCAGAAAGGAAGCGUAUCCGGGGACCUCUCCUCGGGCUCCUCCGUGUGCCAGCUGAACUCCAAACCCACAGGGGCUGACCUGCUAGAGGAGCAUCUUGGUGAAAUCCGGAACCUGCGCCAGCGCCUGGAGGAGUCCAUCUGCAUUAACGACCGCCUGCGGGAGCAGCUGGAACACCGGCUCAGCUCUGCUGCCCGCGGAAGCGGAACCACCUCUACCUUCUGCAGCCAGGGCCUGGAGUCCACACCUCAGCUGUACAAUGAGAACAGAGUCCUUAGGGAGGAAAAUCGGAGCCUUCAGGCUCAGCUGAGUCGCAUUUCCAGAGAGCACGCCCAGGAAACGGAGUGCCUGAGGGAGGCCCUGCUGGCCUCGAGGUCCCGGCUGCAAGAGCUGGAAGUGCAGCUGGAGCACCAGAAGGUGGACCGGCAGCAGCUUUUGGAAGACUUGAAGGAGAAGCAGCAGGAGAUCGUGCAUUUCCAGGAGGAGCGACUAUCCCUCCAGGAGAAAGACUGCAGGCUACAGCACAAGCUGGCCCUCCUGCAGCAACAGUGUGAAGAGAAACAGCAGCUCUUCCAGACCCUCCAGUCGGAGCUGCAGAUCUACGAGGCACUUUACGGCAAUUCCAAGAAGGGGCUGAAAGCUUACGCCUGGGAUGGCUGUCACCAGGGCCCUUUGAGCAGCGACUUGAGCCACCUGGUGGCAGAGAUUCGAGCUUUGAGAGGGCAGCUGGAGCAGAGCAUUGAGGUGAACAACGGUCUGCGACUGCAGCUGGAGCAGCAGUUGGAUCGGGGUGCCGGCAAGGCCGGCCUCAGCACCCCCCCAGCCAGCCAGAACUCAACGGCCAACUCCGACGCUGGAAGGGAGCAGCCGCUCUUCCAAGAUGCAGCCGCCUCCCCUCCAGUUCGGGAUGUUGGCAUGGAUCCAGCCCCGGUCUUCCCCAGCUCUUGUUCCACCGCUCCUGGUCCAGACAUGGCCAGCUUCAACAGGACAGAUGAGCUGGGUUUGGAUGCUUCUCCGGUAACGAAGAGCCCUGCCAAGCUGGAGGGAGAUGCUACCGAUGGCUCCUUUGCCAGUAAGCACGGCCGCCACGUCAUUGGCCACAUUGAUGACUACAGUGCCCUGAGGCAGCAGAUUGGAGAGGGCGAACUGCUGGUCAGGAAGGUGGCGUCUGUCGUGAGGUCGGCCUGCCACUGCCCUGGCCUCGACGCUCGGGGCACAGAGGUGCUCAGCAGCGAAGGCCUCCGUGAACUUCGCAGCAGUGCCAACGCCCUGCACCACGUGUUGGAGGAGUCGGCCUCCCUCCUCACCAUGUUCUGGAGAGCGGCCUUGCCCAGCCCCCACAGCCCUGCGCUGCCUGGCAAAGCGGGAGAGUCCAUGAAAAGGGAACUUCUGGAACUGAGAAGCAAACUGUCCAAACAGGAGAGCCUCCUUCAGAGCACCGCCGAGCACCUGAGGACCGCCACCCAGCAGAAGGACAGCUUGGAGCAGUUCAUCUUCAGCCAGUUGACCAGGACACAUGAUGUUUUGAAGAAGGCGAGGACUAAUUUGGAGAAGAACACUUCCAAGAUUGCCUCUGUAAAGCCUUAUUCCCGUCCCAGCAAAGGUGAAAUCCCUAAGGGCUCUGCCGUGCACUCCAGUCUCGUGACCCUUGCCUUCCAGGAGCCUUGCAAGAAGCGAAGCCACCAGAGGUCCUUAAAGCAGCAGGAGGGAUGGGCCCGCCCCCCUUUUGCACAGCUCCCCAUCCGCUGAGAUCCUGGCCCUGCACCUCCACCGCUGCUGGGGGUCUAGGGGAGCUGGGGGCAGGGUGACGGGCAGAGCACCUUUUCUGCACUUAGCGAACAGAUCUGCCAAGGUCCACGGGUGCUCACUAAGCCAAACUCGCCUAGUCUGCGCAGGGCCUCGUGGCGCUGCUUCUAAAUGCCCCAGUGGCAGGGGAACCAGCAACAGCACAUUUUUCGCCUCAGCAACUACCCUCAGAUGGUCAACUCAGGGGAAAGAGGACCCUGCUCCCCACAAACGGGCGCAUGGUCCCAAAACGAGCUCCUCGGCAGUUCCGAAAGCACACGACUGAGCGGCGGUGUCCUGCAGGACGGUGGGCUCAGCCAGCGCCGCUCACAGACCCCACCAGACCCGGGUCAGCUCGGCUGGGUCACAGGCCGGUGUCUGCCUACAACAGCAGCACAUGAGGUCUUUGAAUCCACGCAGUGAAAGGGGUGACUGCCCGGACACCAUCUCGCGCUUAGCCUAGGGCCUCCCGUUCCUGUUCUUUUAUGAAAAAGCACCGGCUUCGCUCUAGACCCGCUGUUCCGCUCCACCAUCCUCACUUCUCCUGGGCAAUUGGGACUGAGGGUGAGAGCAGGCCCACUGCAGGUCCCACGUAAAGCGAGCCAGUGAUCAUUUCUAGGUGGCAUGUGAGAGACCCCAGUUGUGCUAAACCCCAUGUGUCUUCCCAGUGCUUUAGAAGGUGUGUAUGUGUGUACAAAUGUAUGAUAUAUAUUUAUAUAUGUUGCCGUAGCGGUAUGUGGAAGGCCGACAUGACUGGUGGGCAGGGUCUGAGAGAGGAAAUGAAAACUCUGUUCUGGUGGCUAUUAGGGCAAAAUGUGCAUAAAGAAAUAAACGUUUUUCUUCGCCUA